UUUUUUGCUUCCUUCUUCCAGGCUAGCUCCAGUACCCCAGCCAGCACCCCAACACAACCCCCAGCAGCAACCCCAUCCUCAGGCUCUACCCAGGGAGACCUGGACCUGUUCAGUGAGACUGGUGGUGGAGUUGGCAUUAAGGGGGAGGACACCGGGGCCAAGAAACACCUCUCCAAGGACUCCAUCCUGUCCCUGUAUGGGAACACCAGUAUGCCUCAGAUGCCCCAGCACCAGCAGGCCCCGCCUGCUGGUAUAUACAUGAACCCCGCCCAGAUGCAGUUUCAAGUAGGCAUCCCCCAGCAGCAGGUCCCCACUGGCUACCAGGCCUUUCCUGGCAUGGGCACGGGCAUGCCCCCACCACCGUCAUGGGUGCCAUGAUGGCUCAGAGCGGAGCCGCCAUGAUGGGACCCAACACAGGCAUGAUGGUUGGCAUGACGAUGCCCAACGGUUUCAUGGGACAAGCGCCUGCGGCCGGGAUGGUUGGCAUGGCUCCGAGGAUGAUGGGGGUACCCCA